UAACCGGAAACACCAGCCAUUCGUAAACAAAAUCUAUCAUGAUCGCGAUCUGACGUUCAAUCUUGUGACCCCUGAGAAGUUUACCAGUUGCAGGAUGGCAGGAGGGAUCACAGAUACCGGUGCCGGCUACUCCAGGCUGAUUGGCCUCAUCUACAUAUUUAACCUGAUCGUGGGCACUGGAGCCCUGACCAUGCCAAGCGCGUUCGCCUCGGCCGGCUGGCUGCUGAGUCUUAUCAUUGUCAUCGCACUGGCAAUCGUUAGCAAUAUGACCGUUUCUUUUGUAACGGAGGCAAUGGGUUGGGCCAAUGCUAAACUUAGAUACGACGCUGGUCAAGCACACAUGCCACCUGUGAACGUAUCGAGAGUUGUUGAUGGAGAAGAUGCGGACGAGUCCAGACCAUUACUUCAGAACGGUACCUGUGACCACAGUACGAAUCCCUGUGACAUGACGGAGAGAACAGAACUGGGUCAAAUGGCCAAAAUGUUUUUCAAUAAAUGGGGUCUGUUGGCGUUCUACCUGUGUAUGGUUCUCUAUCUGUACGGGGAUCUGGCCAUUUACGCCGCAGCUGUACCAGUGUCACUCAGGGACGUAAUAUGCACCUAUAAACUACCAAACGUGACAGAGGCGUGUAAUCAUUCCCUGAAACUGACCGACAGUGACAAUUGUUGGGAGGGCAGAGACAUUGACAGAGGUCAAGCCUACAGAAUAUGUCUGACGAUUUUCUUUGUGACCGGAGGCCCGUUUGUUUUCUUCAACAUCCAGAAAACCAAGUACCUCCAACUCUUCACUACAGUGAUGCGAUGGCUCUCCUUUGGAACCAUGGUUGUCCUUGCCGUGAUUCGAUUGAGCAAAGGUCAAGGUCAAGGUCAUCCAGAAGCGGCAGAUUUCUCAGGAAUACCAAAUCUUUUUGGAGUGUGUGUUUACUCCUUUAUGUGCCAUCAUUCUCUCCCAAGUCUCGUCACCCCGAUAAACAACAAAAAAGGAUUGUUUAGACUUAUUGGACUAGACUUUCUUCUUAUUCUUGGAUUUUAUGCUUUGAUUUCAUUUACAGGAAUAUUUGCUUUCAACAAACUCAACGAUUUAUACACAUUGAAUUUUCUCCCAGACCCAUGUGACUCCUCUGAGCCAAUCACAAAUGUCGCAGUGAUUCAGUAUUUUCUAGCUUUGUUUCCUGUCUUUACUCUCAGUACCAAUUUUCCAAUUAUUUCCAUCACAUUGAGAAAUAAUCUUAAAACGAUGUUUUAUAAAGGUGACUCCAAUCCUUUUCCCUGGGUUGUAGAUAGAAUUGUAUUUCCUUUAGGGGCCAUAAUACCUCCUUUUAUAAUUGCAUUUUGCACAAGUCAAGUGGAGUUUCUUGUCGGGGUCACGGGGUCAUACGCAGGCGCAGGGAUUCAAUAUGUUAUACCAGCGGCCCUAGUGUAUUUUGCUAGAAAAGACAUGAACAGAAGAGCUCCAAAUUUGCAGAACCCUUACACCUCACCAUUCAAACACAGAGCGUGGGUAUGGUUCGCGUAUACAUGGGCAACGGUAUGUAUGGUGAUCGUGUCGGUCAACCACAUAAUUACGGGUAAGUAGGUCAAAAUUCAAUCUUUUCUUAAACAGAUAUUUCGUUCAGUUUUUAGGGUGCUUUAUAUAGGUAAAGACAAGAGUUCCCUCCCGUCACUGUAGACCACUGGUGACUGGGGAGUGAAUUUUAUAAACAAUAACUUGAUAUACUAUCUGAUAAAGGAAUAUUGACUUUUAACAAUAUGCCAAAGAUAGCUUAAAUUCAGUAUAUACAUUAGUACAAAUAAAUGAUAUCUAUAAAUUCUUAGUUGUAAGUUCCAUAUAUGGGCAUCUGUUUUAAAUUUUAUUUUUUUAAUGAAUUAUUUUACCAAAAGCAAUGUUUGUUCAGUAUUUGGCAAAUAUAUUUGACUGCCAAAACCAUGACAACCCAAUGUUUUGUCAUACUGACAUAUCUGAAUGUGAAGUUGUUAACAUUAGAUAGUUUAAUCAGAAUCAUUUCUACAUCCGGUCUCAUAUCAGUGCUAAAACUUGAGGCAACCGAGAACCGUAUUUUCUCGUUUACGGAAAGUGCCGACGGUUCCCGAUUGGAACUUGAGGGUCUCUUUGGAAAUUCUAGAAUCGUCUCCAACAUUUUGAGUAUGAAAAUACAACAACAAUUUGACUGCCUUUCUUAGCAAUUUUCUGUGUUCUUUUGAAGAAAUUUGGACAUUUUUUAUUCAAAUUUCUUCACGUGUUUUUACUUACAUCAACUGGAGGUUUUGGUUGUCCAUUUUUAAGUAAAGGUAAAGAAAUAACGAUUCCAGAAUAGUUGCUGGUAAAAGUAUCACAAAUAUAUUGCCUUGGUUGGUAGUUCAUUUUGUCCCUCUCUCCCUCUAAAUCCGCUUUGAGGACAGUAAGCAUCUAUCUAUCAAAAAGGAAAAUAUAUAAUUCUACUAAUUCAUUGCGAUUCCGCUUUUGAAAUGCACUUACUUGGUACGGAGCCGGUUUAGUUUCAUCUUUCUUAGUUGUGAUUACAAAGGGAAGCAACUCGGAUAAACGGAUAAAUGAGAAUGGUAUUGUUAUGACAUUGCUCAAGAAAGAUUGUUUCAGUUUAGUAUUCCAGAAAGCAUUGUUUUAAAACAAUAUAUUUUUUAAAUAAGUAAAAAGGAAUCUGCUGUGGACUCUCUUAAAAUUUUGUAUCAGUAAUUGUUCACACUUGGUGACACAUUCAGUUUCAUUACAUCACAAAAAUAGUUAUUCCUAGCUUGUUUUUUCAAAUAUUUCCAGAAGUGUUCAUUUUUCAUUGUAGUGUACAUUAUAAACAAUAAAAGUUUCAACUCAUGUUUGAUCAAAUGUAUUUAUUUUAGAAUUAUCAGUACUUUUUUAUGUGCCAAAACUUUUUUUAUGUUUUGUACAUGACUGAGAAUGCAUUACCGUCGUUUUACAAAAAUGUUGUGGACCACAUUCAUGGUACUUCUCCUUUUUUUCGACAUUGAUAUUUUAUUUCUUGAAUUUCCAUUAUUUUUGUGUUCUAUAACAUUUUUUGUUCAUUCUGUACUAAGACGUCUUUCAUUAUGACGUCACAAUCAAAUAUAAACUUCUCUGCAGUAUUUAGAUCUCAACUUACGAGGGUGAAAAUGUUGUUUAAAACGUAUGUAUAAAUCACAAUACACAAAACUACCUUUCUAAAACUUUUUAAUUUAUCAGGUAAUAAACCGAUAUAGUGUGACCUAUAUGUGAACGGGUGAUUUUCCUGACAACUUGACAUCCGAUUUAGGUAGACUGCACUAUAUGAGCAUGUUAGGUUAAUCGGAUCUCAGGGACCUGAGAAUUUGGUACAGCUACAUAUAUUUGGACUUGAACUAAGGUGUUUAAGAGAAAUUGUACACAUUUUAGGGGUUUGGAUAAAUUUUCUGCAAAACUGUCACCACCAUGAUGACAUAUAUAAUAAGAGCAUGGGGUGGCAUUGUUACAGAAAGUUUAUCUAAACCUCUAAAACGUGUAAAACUAUACUCUGAACAUCAUAUUUUAGGUCCAAAUAUAGCUGUAACAGUUUCUCAGGUCCCUGUACAUCGAACAAGUAGACUUAAUUCUACUGUCGGUUUACGUACUGCAUGUCUUGCUUUUGGUUGUGACGUCAUAAUAGAAACACUAAUGCAAGGGAACAUGUUGAGUUGUUUUUCUGGCAAAAGAAAAUGUCAUGUGAACGAAAGUAUCUUACACUCCUGGACGGUGUUGCUUAUAAUAUGAAAUUACAUUAAUGUUAUAUUGUCUCAUAAAACUCGUGUUGCUCGCUCCACUUAUUGUUAUUCUACUGUAUUUAUAUGUGAUACUAUGAAUUUUGUGGAGGAUAUGUCCAAUUGGAAAAAUGUUUAUUAUGAUAAAGAAAGAAAUAUUUCAAA